UUGGCAUGAGAGAAUUCAGAGAACUGAGUUUCUUUGUUCGGCAAAAAUGACAGAAGUCCUUAGCUACACAGCUUUCAGACAGCUUUCGCAGAUGUUAGUUGCAGUUUUCUUCUUACACUGCUCUGAAUAUGUCCUACCUAUAGCCAUUCACGGGAGAUCAAAUGUCACUCUUAAAUCUCUUCUGAUUAGCAAAACCUAUAUUCUGGCAAUGAUAUUCUCGUUCUUGGAAUACUUUAUUGAGAUUGUUUUAAUACCUGAACUGAAAGAGCAAUGGAUAGUUAGUAAUCUGGGCCUAGCUAUGGUUUUGAUUGGAGAAUUGAUCAGGAAGAUAGCAAUAAUAACGGCAGGACAAGCCUUUACCCAUCUUAUAAGGAUUCGUCAUGAUGAACAUCAUCAAUUGAUUACCCACGGUAUAUAUAAAUUUAUUCGUCAUCCAGGAUACUGUGGUUUCCUUAUUUGGUCAAUUGGCAUUCAAAUAAUGCUCUGCAAUCCUUUGUCUACUAUUGCAUUUGCAAUUGUUGUUUGGAAUUUCUUUGCUAAGCGGAUACCAUAUGAAGAAUACUAUUUGCGACAGUUUUUUGGAGCGCAGUAUCGGGAAUAUGCCAGAAAGGUUGUGUCUGGGGUGCCUUUUGUGAAGUGGAGACUAAUCAAUUCUGUGGAAUGAACAACAUCCUUUCACACGCAUUUCUCGACAGUUUUCCCAUAUAACAAUGGAAUAUCAAUAUCUGGGGUCAAGAAGUGCUAGCUACCAGGAAAGUCGAGUUACACCUUCCCUUUUAUUACAUGAAGCCAGCUUGUUUGGUUUGGAACAUCAGAAUAAAAUCAUGAUUUAUCCAGCAAGCUCAAGGUAAAUUUUAUGUUUCAGACUCUUUUGGGAGGGGUGUAUGUUCCACUAUAAUUUAUGUUCACUCUGUAAUGGAUGCCCGAUCCAUAUAAGUUUGUGCGUGGGUGCGUGUAUUAUGUAGAUUAAAAUCUUGACUAGCAUGGUUGAAUAUCUGCGGAGGCUAUAUAUACUAAA